AUGAAGCAAGAUGCCACAAGAAAUGCUACCUACACUGUGGAUUGUGAAGAUUAUGUGCACGUGGUGGAAUUCAAUCCCUUUGAGAGUGGGGAUUCAGGAAACCUAAUUGCAUAUGGUGGCAAUAACUUUGUGUUUGUCGGCACCUGCACAUUUCAGGAGGAAGAAGCAGACAUUGAAGGAAUUCAGUAUAAAACACUACGAACAUUUCACCAUGGAGUCAGAGUUGAUGGCAUAGCUUGGAGCCCAGAGACUAGACUUGAUUCGUUGCCUCCAGUAAUCAAAUUUUGUACUUCUGCUGCUGAUAUGAAAAUUAGAUUAUUUACUUCAGAUCUUCAAGAUAAAAAUGAAUACAAGGUUUUAGAGGGCCACUCAGAUUUCAUUAAUGGUUUGGUAUUUGAUCCCAAAGAAGGCCAAGAAAUUGCAAGUGUGAGUGAUGAUCAUACGUGCAGGAUUUGGAACUUGGAAGGAAUACAGACAGCUCAUUUUGUUCUUCAUUCCCCUGGAAUGAGUGUGUGCUGGCAUCCUGAAGAAACUUUUAAGCUGAUGGUUGCAGAGAAGAAUGGAACAAUUCGGUUUUAUGAUCUUUUGGCUCAACAGGCUAUUUUAUCCCUUGAAUCAGAACAGAUGCCAUUAAUGUCAGCACACUGGUGCUUAAAAAACACCUUCAAAGUUGGAGCUGUUGCAGGGAAUGAUUGGUUAAUUUGGGAUAUUACUCGAUCCAGUUACCCUCAAGAUAAGAGACCUGUCCACAUGGAUCGAGCCUGCUUAUUCAGAUGGUCCACAAUUAAUGAAAACUUAUUUGCUACCACUGGUUAUCCUGGCAAAAUGAUGAGUCAAUUUCAGAUUCAUCAUUUAGGACACCCUCAGCCCAUCCUCACUGGCUCUGUAGCUGUUGGAUCUGGCCUUUCCUGGCAUAGAACUCUUCCACUGUGUGCAAUCGGAAGUGACCACAAGCUGUUGUUUUGGGUGACUGAAAUGUAG